AUGUCGCAGACCGAAAUGCAGCAUACCGACUCCAUCAGCAGCAAUGAGAACGAUGCCGCCGACACCAAGAAGACAAAGAGCAGGAGACCCGCCAACACCGCCUUCCGCCAGCAGCGUCUCAAGGCCUGGCAACCCAUCCUCACCCCGAAGACUGUGCUUCCCCUCUUCUUCGCCGUCGGCAUCAUAUUCGCGCCAAUCGGCGGGCUGCUGAUAUGGGCGAGCGCCAUGGUCGAGGAAAUCUCCAUCGAUUACACAGACUGCGUGAACCAGUCGCCCGUUGAUUCGUCCAAUGUCACUUUCCCGCCGUCCGCCAGUACCUUCGACGAUGUGCCGACGGACCGUGUGUCGAGCUAUUUCAAGGCCAGCAACCCGAGCGCGCUGGCCCCGUCGUGGGCGCACAGCUUCCGGAACACCAGCUAUGACCCGGAGAACCCCCACAACACGACCGUCUGCUCCCUUCAGUUCGAAAUCGAGAACGAGAUUGGCCCGCCUGUGCUCCUGUACUACCGCCUCACCAACUUCUACCAGAACCACCGUCGCUACGUCAAGUCCGAGGAUCCGUCGCAGCUACAAGGCACUUUCCGCAGCAACUCGUCCAUCUCGGCCAGCGACUGCGAUCCGCUGACGCUGGACAGCAAGGGGAAGGCGUAUUACCCGUGCGGCCUCAUUGCAAACUCGGUCUUCAACGAUACCUUCUCGCAGUUGAAGCGCCUUAACCCUGCGAGUGGAGAGAGCGACUACUACAACAUGUCGAACAAGGGCAUCGCCUGGGACAGCGACAAGGAACUGUUCAAGAAGACGGCCUACACCAAUGACCAGGUCGCGCCGCCGCCCAACUGGAAGGUCCGUUACCCGAAUGGCUACAACGACGACACUCCGGUUCCCGAUCUCUCGCAGGACGAGGGUUUCAUGGUCUGGAUGCGGACGGCCGGUCUUCCUACCUUCAGCAAGUUGGCAAUGCGGAACGACGACGAAAGCAUGACCGUCGCCCGGUACCAGAUCGACAUCGAUGACAACUUCAACGUCACCGCUUACGGUGGCACCAAGGCCAUUCUGAUCUCAACCCGCACCGUCAUGGGCGGCAAGAAUCCCUUCCUGGGCAUUGCCUAUGUCGUCGUUGGUGGCAUCUGCAUCGUGCUAGGAACACUCUUCACGGCGACGCAUCUGAUCAAGCCGAGGAAACUUGGCGAUCACACAUACUUGACGUGGAAUAACGAGGGCGCCAGCUCGGCAACUGCGACCGGCCGAAGCAUGAGACCCGGUGAAGCCUGA